CUAACAUACAACCCGGAAAACAGAUUGUCUUCAGCGUAGUUGGGAGAACAGUUGUAUUGAUUGCAGUAUUUCACCGAUAAUAAAUGGCAGAUUUAGAAAUUGAGCGCAACAUGAGACAGAAAGCUGGAGGUUGCGGUUCAGAUCCUGAUGUCGACCCACGCAUCCCUGUGUUGCGUAUCAGCCAGCUGGAUGCGCUUGAGUUGGACUCAAGCCUUGAGCAACUUCUGUGGACCCAGUUCUCCCAGUGCUUCCAGAACUGUCGCCCAGGCGUGCUCACCCCUCUGGAGCCAGAACUGAGGGCUCUGCUUCAUCUGCUGCUGUGGAGGUUUACACUCUAUUCUAGCAAUGCCACUGUGGGCCAGUCUUUACUGAGCCUGCGCUAUCACAGCAAAUCUUCCUCAUCUCAGCGGUACAGGCCUCUGUCCCCCAGGCAGAAGUUGGGAUUGGCUUUACUCACUGCAGGUCCCCGAUGGCUCCAGGAGCGUUCCCACCACCUGCUGCCAUGCUUAGGUUUGUGUUCAAGGGGACCCAUGUCUGAAGGAGAUAGUGGUUUGCUCCAGCAAGGUCUCCGCAAUGCUCUUGCACUUGUUUCUGGCAUCACAAAGUUUGCAAGUCUUCUUAACUUCCUUGUUUUCUUGAGGAAUGGCCGUCAUCCCGUUCUAGCUGAAAGACUCACAGGAGCGCAGGCGGUUUUUAGUAAGCCCAAUGUGAUCAGGGAUGUGACUUACCAGUACAUGAACAGAGAGCUGCUCUGGCACGGCUUCGCCGAGUUCCUCAUCUUCCUGUUGCCACUGAUAAACACAAGAAAACUGAAAGCAGCAAUGUCUUUGUUUGUAUUUGGGGGGGAAGGUUCUGAUGGAGGAGGAAGAGAUGGACAAGAGGUUUGGAAAGAGUGUGGACUGUGCGGCGAAUGGCCUACCAUGCCUCAUACAGUGGGCUGCCGCCAUGUUUUUUGCUAUUACUGCAUUAAAAGCCACAGCAUUGCAGAUGCUUACCUUACGUGCCCUAAAUGUGGGGCAGAAGCAGGACAGCCGGAGUUGGUCAAGAUGGAGAUGCGGAUGGUUGACAGGUGAUAAUGGUUGGUGCAUAAAGAAAAACUUUAUGUAAGGAUGGAGUUGUAUUAAAACAUGAAGACAUUGGUUUUACAGCCUCCUUUCUUUACCCUUUUUUUAAGUAAGAUUUACUCCUGUAUUAGCUUAUGACUGGACACACUGGAGCACACAUUGGUGUGUUAUGUUUAAUGUAUGUGUGCAUAUAUUGACAGUCUUCUGUGCCUUCUGUUUCUCUGGCUGGACUUUGGAUAGAACUAUUUGUCUUUGGUGCACUGGACAGACUACAGAGAACCACACAGAGCAUAUAUUUGAUGAGUGAAUGUGUUGAUUUAUGCUCCAAAUUGGCUCUGUGAUGGUGUGCCUGUAUGUGUGUAUGUAUGUGUGUGUUUGUUGAAAUGGGAAUAUUUGUUCUGAUGAAAAAUGCAGAAAGUCAGCUGAAUAAAUAAUGGGAGGAAUUUCUGAUGCCUCUCAUCAUGGCCAAAUUAGCAUUUGUUGUGUAUUUUGUGCCUAAAUUGUAUUUCAACAUCAUUAAAAUUGAUAGAG